AUGAGCAAUGGCUCCCUUGCAGACAUACUCUUCAAACCUGAAAAACAACUUUGUUGGAAUGAAAGGAUAGAAAUAGCUUGCAAAAUAGCAAAAGGAAUUCUUUAUCUCCAUGAAGAGUGUGAGUCACAAAUCAUUCACUGUGACAUAAAACCCCAAAAUAUACUCAUGGAUGAAUAUAGGUGCCCGAAAAUCUCUGACUUUGGAUUGGUGAAGCUACUAAAACCAGACCAAACCAAUACCAAAACAGCCAUUCGAGGAACAAAGGGGUAUUUUGCACCAGAGUGGCUUCGGAACCAACGAGUGACAACUAAAGUAGAUGUAUACAGUUUCGGAAUUGUGCUAUUGGAGCUUAUAUGUCAUAGAAAGAGUGUUGAUUGGGAUCUUCCUGAAGAAGAGGCUAUUCUUGAGGAAUGGGCAUACUAUUGCUUUGAGGCUCGUGAGUUAAGCAAACUUGUGAGUGGUAAUGAGGUUGACCAAAGACAAUUGGAGAGAAUGGUUAUGGUGGGACUCUGGUGCAUUCUUGAUGAACCAUCUCUUCGCCCUUCGAUGAAGAAGGUUCUACUAAUGUUGGAAGGAACUGUAGAUAUUCCAAUCCCUCCAAGUCCGACUUCUUUUCUUAGUACUAUAUAAAAUGUAUUUGUGUUUUUAUGUUUUUCAUAGGAAAAGUUAUUGAAGGGGAUUUGAGCUGGAUAUGUCCCUCCAUUAAGACAAGGAAGUGUUAGUAUUCAGCUAGUUUUAAGGCUACUGGCAAAAUGUGUUUGUACUAGUAUUCCUUUCUAAACCCAAAUAUGGGACUAUUUGGAAGAAUAAUUUGCAAAAUAUUGUUAAAUUUCUUUUAUGUUAAAUAUAUGUACAUGCCAAUGGCCCUUGGCUCGAUGGCCCUUA